AUGUUCCACCUAGCAGCAUGCUACCUCAAGCCAAACGAGGAAGGAAUCAUGAGGUUGCACACCGCCUCCAAGCUGGCCGAGGAAAAGGGAGGGAAGGGGUUUGCUGCUGCGAGUGGUAGUAAUGUGGAAAAGGUUAACAGAGAGGAAGGGGUGGACCGGAAGCAGGAAGGAGAGCAAGGGGGUCGGGAGGAUCACAGAGAUGAAGUGAAUAAAAAGGAUGAGAAGGAUGAGGGUAUUGCCGAGAGAAAAGAUGGAGAAGGCGACACUGUUGAGAUUUUGGCUUGA